CCUCCAACUCCUCCUGAUAACUAUGCUUCUAAACCCAUUUCGACCAUGUGAGGGCUCUCCGACUUUCCAAGAGGAAUACCGGAAUAGUAGCUAUGUACCAGAAGUGAUUGAAACCUCUCUGGGCCGUCAAAUUGUGGCGCCAGAUACUCUCUACGUGGCUGCAGCCGGUCGUAACGCCUUAUACUUCAUCGACACCCGGUUUGACCCUGAGACGGCGCAGCAUAUUAAACUCCAAAUUGAAAAGGCCUCCGUGCCACAACCAGACGAGUACAUUGCUAUUGACGAGAUUGAGGCCACGGCCGAAAUCAAGAACAGCGUGACCGGGGAAACAACCUUCGUGUUUGAUCCUGUAUAUGCUCGGCUGCUGUUCGCUAGGGGCAUUAAUCGACAUAAUCCGGAUAUCAAAUUGCCGGAGUAUGAGCCGGCUGGUGAUUGGUUGGUGGUAUAUGACUUGGUUGAUAUUGUGAACAGGAAGGGUGUGGGGAAGGGUUGAUGAAUGCCGUCGAUGUACGUCACACAGGGAUCUGCUUUAAAGCUGCUGAUGGUAGUGAGGAAGGGGUGAAGCGUGUUACUGUCGGCGUAUGGAUGAGGUGAUCUGGGGAGUAUGAGAAGACCUGUGAUAGGCUUGCGAAGGGGAUAGGAUAUCGAGGAGCUAAUAGGCUAGAGUGAUUCUCUGAGUUCGUUCGUUAUUGUGAGUCGCUCAAAGAGGCAUUUCGAUAGUACUAGUUUCAUCAACUAGAUAGACCAUUCAGUAUAAAGACGGAAUGGGGAAAAAAGCCGGGAAAACGAAAUCUUCUUAUAAUAGUGGACAGCUGAGAACUGGAAUGGUGAGAUGGAAAUAGGC